UAUCACUUCAGAAGUUGCCUUGCUUAGUCCUUUGUAGGCUUGUGUCUUCUCUUACUGCUCAAAGUGAAAGCAGAGCAGAGAGGUCCAGUUCAUCAGUCUCCCAUAUCCUGGUCUGUGGUGGUUUAUACCUGUCUGUAGGAGGGUGUGAAUAGGUGUGGUUAUGCACACCUAAGUCUGUUCACGUCAUCCUCUCUAGAUCCUUUGUCCCUUGACAUAAAGAUGACAUCAUAGGUCUUCACAUCACCUCUACCCAGUGCUGGACAUCUUUACCCAGCAGUGUACCAUCCUGUGUCUGACUGUCACUUCCAUUCCAAAUGAGGCAGAUGUUUCUGAGAGCCUGGGAAGGAAGAGGAGGGACAAAGCUGACAAUUCUAUGCUGUGUCCUUUGCCCAUCCACUGAGGCACAUGCUGACCUCUCCCCAGGGAAGGACUAUGGGGGCCCCUCCUAACUUUCUUUUUCCACCAUCAGGCCCUGGAGGUUCCCGAUGGCGAGAUUACGGUGCCUUGGCCAUCAUCAUGGCAGGAAUUGCUUUUGGCUUUCACCAGCUCUACAAGAAGUACCUGCUGCCCCUCAUCCUAGGAGGCCGCGAGGACAGGAAGCAGCUGGAGAGGAUGGCUGCGAGUCUCUCUGAGCUGAGUGGCAGCGUGGCCCAGACAGUGACUCAGGUACAGACAACGCUGGCCUCUGUCCAGGAGCUGCUGAGACAGCAGCAGCAGAAGGUCCAGGAACUGGCCCAUGAUCUGGCCACUGCCAAGGCCACCACAUCUACCAACUGGAUCUUGGAGUCACAGAAUAUCAAUGAACUCAAGUCGGAAAUUAACUCCUUGAAAGGGCUUCUUUUAAAUCGGAGACAGUUCCCACCAUCCCCAUCGGCUCCGAAGAUCCCUUCCUGGCAGAUUCCAGUCAAGUCACCGUCACCCUCCAGCCCUGCAGCUGUGAACCACCACAGUAGCAGUGACAUCUCACCAGUCAGCAAUGAAUCCACGUCAUCCUCACCUGGGAAGGAGAGCCACAGCCCUGAGGGUUCCACAGCCACAUACCACCUGCUGGGCCCCCAGGAAGAAGGAGAAGGGGUGGUGGACGUCAAGGGCCAGGUGAGGAUGGAGGUGCAGGGAGAGGAGGAGAAGAGGGAGGACAAGGAGGAUGAGGAGGACGAGGACGACGAUGUGAGCCACGUGGAUGAGGAGGACGUCCUGGGGGUGCAGAGGGAGGACCGCCGGGGCGGGGAUGGUCAGAUCAAUGAGCAGGUGGAGAAGCUGCGGCGGCCAGAGGGCGCCAGCAAUGAGAAUGAGCGGGACUAGGGCCCACGCCCACCUGCUACCCACCUCUCCAGUGCCCCUGGGGCAUUGACCAGUGGGUGGGCAUUUGGCUUCAGCCCUACCUUCUCUGGCUCUGGGAGGGUGGCCUUGAACCUAGGGAGGGGCUGAGCUGCUUUCAGCUGCAGCAGUGUGUGUGGGGUCACAUUUAUGUCCACCAGCUUCCUCUCACCCUGACACCAGCCCUACCCACACCCACCAUUCCUUAGCUCAGUCCCAGCCCAGGUGGCUCUGUCCAUUCACAAGCCAGGCCAAGGAUGCCAGAGCCUCUGUGCUCAACCUCCUGCCCAGGCCCUCUGGGACAGGCUUCUUGUCCAGGUGUGUUUGCUGAGUGUCUUGACUAAUCUGGCACUGUGCAUGGCCAGAACUCAUGUCAUCACCUGCCUCCUGCCUCCUCAGUGAGGGUGGAGCUUCAGUCCCCCAGUUUCCUGGUAUUUCCCCUGUCCCUUGUGCCUGGCCUGUGGCUCCUUCUUUGCUCUGUUUCCAAAAGACAGAUCCUGGACCGGCUCUGCCUCUUAAAGGCCUACUGGGGUCCAUCUGCCCCACAGCCAGGUUCUGCCUAACAGAUGCCACCCUUGGGCACCUGUCCACACCCCAGCCCCACAUGCCCUGUCAUCCUCUCAACAAAUGAAACCACACUGUGCUUCUGACCAUCCUUGCUUGCCUAUCAUGGCUCGGCCAAUCCUGAGAAGACAUGAUUCUCGCUCCCACGGCAGAGCCAGGCAACAGGGCCUUUCUGAUCAACAGCCACUGAAAAACACAUGUUCAUUUGUGUGACCAUGUAUAGAUUUCAAAAUAUAAGCUAUGACUGUAUAUAAUUGUAAUAAAUAUGAGCUGCCACUAUUUAAUUCCUGCCUGUGGCCCCCUGUCUGCUGCUGGUACCCCAUGCCCACAAGGUAGGUCUCAGCUAAGGCUUCACCAGGUGAAUCCCAGAGAAGGGCCUGGGGGGACUUGGGGACCCAGGAGCCUGGCUGCCCUUGCUCACUCCUCUCCAGGCCCUGCCUCAGGCUGCUUACCCAGACCUGGAAGGGCUCCUUCCUCCUGCCUGGUGUCUGUGGAGGGCGACAUUCCCCUGAGAGCAGGAGGGAAGGGGCCUCCCGUUACUGUAUAUAGACCUGGUGCAAGCGUGAUGAGCCGCCUUCCUUAAAUGGAUGCGCAUUCCCCAGGAGCCUGUCUCCUUCUCCCUGCUGUCUCCUUGCUCUCGCCCUCCUUGACUCCCUGUAACCUUCACAGAGCACUGAGCUUAAACCAGAAAGCCAGGAAGAAGCUCCUCCCAAAGGGCUCUCUGCUCCUCAGCCCCUGUGUGGGCCAGGCCUGGGCCAUGGGUACCACCAUGUCCCUGUGGCUCAUAUGGACAUGCAGUCUGGAAAAUGGAGAGCACCCAGUGGCUCCUGCAGGAGCCAUGCAGGGGUCACACUUCCAGUGUGCCUCCUAGGCCCCUGGCCAUUGUCCUGGGGAGCAAGGAAGAAGACAUGCCAGUGUGGCUGAGGGGUGUGGCUUUGGGCUGUUUAGCCCCAGGAGAUGCCUUGCUUCCUGCUGAUGGCACUGCUUCUUGAGCAUCUAGCUCCUGUUCUGGUUCUAGCUGGCCAGCCAUGCCUCAGUCCUGCUGCAGUGAAAGGGAUACCUGGGGCCUGGGAAAGCUGCUGGGGUAUCACAGCCUCCUUUGGUCUAGUUAUCAUUUGUCAUUUGUAACUUCUGAGGUCCCUCCUAAUAGGACCGGAAGAGAGACCAGAGGGAAGAUGCCCUUGGACAGAAGCAAUGCCAGAGUACUGGGUUAGGAUGGUGGGAGCAAAAUGCUGGACAUGACCUGGACAUUCUGCCCCAUGUCUCCUGAGAGCUGGGGCCCUGAGAGGAGCCCUGUUCCUCACUUCAGAGCUUUCUCCCUCCUGGGGGUCAGCAGACUGGAAGGUUAGGCUCAAGCUCAGAGGAGAAGGGAUGGAAAUGUGAACCCCGAGGCCCUUUGCCCCUGCGGGUCCUAAACACUGAGUUCGGCUUUUGAGAACAGCGAGUCUGGCAUGACUUCAGGGAGAGAAAAACCCCUCCCCAAAACAGCAUGAGUGCUGCCUAAUAAAGGCAGCUGCUGGACGAGGGAAAACGGCCCUUUGAAAAAAGCCUUUCAUUAGAAAAAUAAUGCAUUUUAUCCAAAUAAGGUAAAAAUAUUUGGAAUGGGGCAGAAGUGAGCAGCAGGCAGCGCCUGUCAGGCCCUUUCUGGAAGGGAGUACAUUAUUAAACUCAAUUACAAUGUCUUUUUAUAAAGUGUCGUUUAGGAAAGGAGGAGCCCCAGUGCUUGGAGGCUGUGGCCGCUGUCCUAACUUCCCUGCAGGGCUCCCCCACUCCCGGCCCUGGACAGGACACCCCCAGUGCCAGGCAACUCAUUGGGUCUACCUUAAGCAGCAGCAUCCUGUCUGGGAGGGGCAGGGGUCCUCAUUUGGCAUCUUGUGCUGCCCAAGGAGGAGGCCAAGUAGGGGACCAUCCUCCUGGGACCCUUCAGGUGGGAAAGGGAGGGUGCGGGUCAGGGAGUGGGGCUUUAAGUUUUGCUUAGAAAUGCUGGAUUUUCUCCUAUGUGGAAACAGCCAAUGUUUAGGGAAACCAGAAAAUACAUGGGGGAAUAGAGAAAGUCCCCUUCCACCUCUACCACUCGGUUUUGCCCUGUGUUUAUGUGCUCUCUUGCCUUUUCUGUUUUUUAAUAAAAAUGGACCCUCCUCAUUUCUGUGUGACUUGCCCAUUGACUGGACUAUGAGUGACCUGUGGGGUCCUUGUACCCAUCCAGGAGUGGGGUUUUUUCUGCUGCCCACUCUGGGGCCCAGCCCAGAGCAUGGAGGUGCUAGCUCCUGGGAUCUGGGUCCCUCCUCUGGCACUUGUCCCAGAACCCAAGGACAGGCCAAAUUAGUGCUGCUCCAUCUGUGUCUAAAGCAGCCUCAGCAGGGCGCCCAGAGGAGAUGGUGGAGGCUCUCAGACAGGUGGAGAGACACUCUCAACACUCAUCUCAGGUGACAUGCACCCUGCAGGUAGUCUAUUUGGGUCUUUCUGGCCUGGCCACUCUUCUUGCCCUGCUCCUUGUCCAGCACAGGUAUUUCUCACCCCGGGACAUGCUGCCAUCUGGCUGAGGGGAGCAUCUCAGCAUACACCUCUAGGGCCCCAUGGACAGGGAGAGACCGCCUGCUCCACACUCACAAGCUGGCACUGGUGCACUGCACACACUCACAGGGACCCCUGCCCUUUCCCUGCUCCUGCCCACAGUCCCAGCUCCCUGGCCACAGCUGCUGUCAGGUGCUACUUUAAUCAAGACUGGUUUAAAUUUCAACCAGCAUUUUGGGGUAACUUUACAACACACAAACCUUAAUAGUUCAUUUCAUUGAGCAUUUCAUGAUCUCCUACAAGAAGAGGUGAGGUCAUUAUAACUUUAUAAGGAGAAGUCUUGAGCCUUUCCUUGCUCCAUGGCAAGUGCUGG